AUGGGCGCGGAACGCGAUGUCUUCCUGCAUCGAAACUUCGUGAACUCAGUUCCGAGUGUCGGCGAUGCUGUCGAGUUUGACCUGACCGUGGAUGCCAAGGGGCAGCCCAAGGCUACCAAUGCCAUCAUCGUGAAUGGGAAGGGCGCCCAGAAGCAGGCGAAAGGCGGCCGACUUGUUGCUGGACCGUCCCACAUGCCCGCCAGCAAGGGUCGUUGA